GUCAGCCAAAUUGGAAGGAAGCCGAGAAGACGGAAAGGAUGCCUCAAUUGGAAAAAGUUCGGGUAAAGUCGGGGGUAGCAAAAGGGGACCUCAGGAAAACAGGGAAGGGGGAAACGAUAUGAGAACAAGCCCUCGGAACUCAGCAGGAGUCACUCCUAAAAAGACAAAAGUCUCGGAUGCCAAUCGUAGAAUGACAGAAAUAGAAAAGCAGACCGCAGAAUUUAAGGCAAGGCUUAUAGAGCAGAUGAUGGCCGAGGAUGAGGAGGACCCCCAGGGCGCAGGGUCGCCGGAGGGACGCAGGAUCGGUCAGGACGAGGCCAGGUAUGAGGGGAAGGAUAAUAGUCACAAAGGAACGCCUAGUAAGAAGGGGAAGGACAAGAAUGACCCCCCGGCGGAGGGGACGGAAAACGCUAUGACACCGCCUGCCAUCGACAGCGGCACUAACCGAUUGCCAGCCACGCCGAAAGUAACAGGGGCGUGCGACGGACUCUGGAGCCUUAGGGAAGGGGUGCUAGGAUGGUUUGAUCCAGAAGGAACACCGAAAACCAGGGAGAAGCAGAGGGAAAGCAAGGAGGAGAAAGGGACCAAUGAAGCUGGGGAAGCGGGUAACUCCGAAGGUGGUCUCAAGAAGAUAGUCACCACCCUUAACCGGGCACUGAACAAAAACCAAGGGUACCUUGCAGACGCAAAGAAGAAACUCACGUUCGACGGGGCAAACAUUUUGGAGUUUCUGAUAGACUAUGAGAACCUAGCAGCCUUACUGAAAUGGACGGAAGAGCAAAAGAUUGAGCACCUAGGGCAACACGUGUCGCUAAGCUUGGGAAGGGACAUUAUGGCCAUCGUCACCUCCAGUGGAUCCUGGAAAGAAACUAGGAAUGAGAUGAUGAGGAAAUACCUGAAGGCAGAAAAAAUGGCAACGAAGGUCGAAUUAGCAGCAGUUCAGAGGAAAAACUAUGCAACCUACAACGAUUUCCUAAGGGCAUUUACGUUAGUGGCUCUGCAAAUUCCCGGGGUAAAGGACCGCAUAAUGAGUAAAUACUUCCUCAGGCAGUUCUCAGAGUUUGACAAGGAUAAGAUUCUGUCAGCAUACCAGCAGACCAGUUAGAUUGAGUACACGAGACAUGUGGACUUCAGCACCGUAACAGACCUUGCGGAAAAG